AUAAAUCAUAUUUUCACCAUGAAAGAAAUAAAAAAAGAAGUGGAUUUAUACCGUGAUACACCUGUCAGAUAUUUAGGAUAUGCAAAUGAGGUUGGAGAAGCUUUUAGAUCUAUAGUUCCAAAUUCAAUUGUAUGGCUCAGUUAUGCACUAGCCAGUGGAUAUGUUCUUGCAGACACGGUUAAUAAGGGCCUUAAAGUUUAUCGAGCUAAUGUUACUCCAAAAGUUACAAAAAGUACUUUACUUUCUAUGUCAGAUACCUUGUUGUGGCAAUCAUUUGCAUCUGUAAUUGUUCCUGGAUUCACAAUUAACAGAGUUUGUGCUGCUGUUCAAUUCGUACAAAAGAGAAGCAAUAACAUGGUUUUAAAAAAUAAGUGGAUUCCAACCAUUAUCGGCUUAACAUCCAUACCUUUUAUAAUACACCCUAUAGAUAAUUUAGUAGAAGAAACAAUGAAUAUUACGUACAGAAAAUGGAUUGGAUAUUAUCCAAAAUGACCAUUGAUUAAAUAUAUAUAAUUAUGCAGAACUUUCUGAGGGACAGGUCUUAGAUCUACUCAAUUUUCGAAUGCAAGAAUGUUACUGCUUAUGCAUGACACAAAAGUAAUAGUACAAUGCAACUGAAAGUUAUAUCUAUUUUAGUAUCUUGUACAUGUUAAAUAUUUUUAUUUCGUUAUUUAAUAUUCUGGA